UGGUCGCGUGGCUCGUUUUGCAUUCUGCUGGUCGUUCUAUUCACCGCGAUGGCGGGCUGGUUGAGAUUUUUAUUGUUAUUAUCCACAAUCGCGUUCCAAAGUGCCGGGUAUGCAAUAUAUCGGGCAAAAUGCAAGUCCAGGUGCUAUCUUCAGCAACAGCGCAGUGACAAAAAUUUCUUAUUAUCUUGCUUGAAGCCAUGUGAGGACAAAAAUUUCGAAAAGAUAAAGAAAUGUCCAGCAUAUUGUAGACAGUUGGAAGCUAACAAAGACUGGCUCGUAAACACUGCUUGUAGAGGCUCUUGUAAAUUCCUCAAGGCUCUUUUCAAUAAUGGCAAACCCAGUAUUUCAAAUCCAGCCAAUCUUCAGCCUCCAACAGUAGUAAAAGCCUUUUACACUAGAACCAAGAACAUGCGGUCUCUCACAGUGAGUUGGAACAUCUCUGCCCCAGAGUCUAAAGACGGGUGGGUCUAUGUGGUGCAGCAGCGGACCGCAAGGCAGCACGAGCUGCCACAGCAGAUGGGCAAAUGGGUUCCCCUUACACAGACACGUUCCCAGCAACUAAAGAUUCCAGACCCAGGCUCCGCCCUGUGGUGCCAGUUCCGAGUGGCUGUUGUGCAACAAGACAGCAGUAGUAAUUUCACCACAAGUACCUUGACCUUCAUCCCACCUGAGCGCCCUGGACCAGUGCGUGAUUUUAGAGUCACUGGAAAACAUAUCCUGAAAAAUAAGGCUCAAAUAAGCAUUGCUUGGAGAAAGCCGGAAAAUUCUGACUUACCAGUCUCCAAAUACCGGGUAUAUUGGAGCAAGAGGCUUGAUACUAAUAGCACGGAUUGGCAACAUUUGCGGGAGCAUCGUGGGCGAGUGCCUGCCACCAGGCACAAGGCCAUAAUCCACGGCCUAGAGCUCAACACGACGUACCACAUAGCUAUCCAGGCUAUAUCUAGAUACCAGGGCAAGAGGCUGAAGGGACCCACGAUGGAGUUGUACACUAGAACUCUUGAUAAAUUGCCGAUUAAAUCAAAAAAACACAAGCAGCAUCCAAUGUCAACGAUGUCAAGCACCGGGCGUCCUCCUGGUCUCAUUCUAAACAACCACACCCUUGAUGCACCCAUAAACAGAACAAAUGUCUUCGCACAAAAUUCAAAAAGUGGUGGACCUCCCAGAACUCAGGGCUGGAGCUUUUUGCUGUUUCUGCUGCUACUUCUGGCUUAUGGUUGUUAGUGUUAUUAUGUUGUGAGUCUAAUUACGUUCUACUGAAUUGCGGUCAAUACAGGCAGGACGGCUGACCACGUCGCGUUUAUAUUUAUAGUUGCUUUGAUGAGCUAAGAGAAUAAGUUUUCAGCAACGCUUGAACCCAAGCAAAAUCUCCAAAUUAAUUAUGUUCGUUAUUCAAUAAUUUAUUUUUCAAGGAAAUGUUCAUAACUAUUUACAAAAUGUUCUGAAGUUAUAUAUUUUUAUCGCUAUUUUUAUAAUGCAAAAAUACGUUACGUUUUAUAAAGACAAUGAAUUUUCAAUUGCAAAGCGCAUGGGUAAGCCCAUGUUUGCCAUCGAUGGUCUACGGGAUGUUGAUUGGGCAGUGAAGUCUUCGGAAGACAAUUAUAUGACCGCUAACCUCGAUUAAACAGCGUCAACAUCGUCCAACAUUGCUGGUAAACAGUGCGCGAAUAUAUCGUGUUACGCUCGUUUGUAAAAAGCUGCUUAGAGAGUCUCUGCCAUCCGCCAUUUUGUCAUUCUUGCAAAUUAUCAAGAGUGAGAAAGCAUUUAUUUUCCCAGGUUUUUUUGGGAGAAGUAUUGAUAUAUUUUCGAUUGAAUUUCUUAAAUGAAUAUUAAAAUUUCGUUGUUGAUGUUAAUAUAUUAAACUGUUGAAUGAAGACAAUACAAAGGUGAGGCUGACAAAAACUCUUUAACGUCGUGAACAUCGCGCAGCAUCAUGUAAUAAAUCGUCAUAAUGAGGGCAGAAAUGCGUCCCAAAAUAGAAAUCAUCCUCCCCGCGUUUCGAUACAAGAAAAAAUAGAGUAAAUGAACUGCGCGAAAAACACGUAGGGUGUUCAUGGCCCACCAGUGUUUGCUUGCAAAAUUUGAAUGGAACUGCGAGGAGAUUCGCCAGCGAUGUUGGACUUUGUUGGCUCUGUUUGAAUGAGGCUUUAUAAUAUUGUUACUCGCCCCGGUCAAAGUGAUGUUUGAAUGGGGCUUUCUUUAUAACGCCUCAGUCAAGGUGGGUGAAAAUGCUGGCAUUUUCAGAAUGAAACUUGCAUCAAAAGUUAUCAAAAAUUUAUUUCCGUUGUGUUUAUAGUAAUGUUUAUAGCGUCUAAAAAGCUGGUCGCUUAUUUUCUAUCGUUACAAAAUCAUAUGAAGAUGUAUAACUCUAUGAAAAAUAAUUAGAUUAAAACAAGUUUUUUGUAAAUGUGAGGAAUAUUCACUUCUUUCAGUUUGGAAAGCAAUGGAUGGGUCUUUAGUUUUUACAAAAUCACAUGAAGAUGUAUAACUCUAUGAAAAAUGAUUAGGUUAAAACAAGUUUUUUGUAAA